AUGUCUAGUGGUGGCGGGCCCGCGGCAGCACAGACACACACACACUUGAAGUCGUUGGGGAUGGGAAUCGCCACUGGGCUCAUGCAGAAUCGACGUGAAGAUGGUGUGAGGGCCAAGGGACCUCAAGGGCCCCAAGACCGCGCGUUGCCGCAAGACACAACCACAAGAGACAGGACUUGCAUAGGCGGUCAGAAGCUGCACUGCUUUGUGGAUUGCUACGGCUGGCGCGUCGCCGGGUCAUCAAAGAGAGGCGGCAGCGGUUGGCCGAGAGAAGCAGUCGUCGCCCCGACCCCCGACCUGCGGCCGUCGUCUUCGUCGCGGGAGCUGACACGGCUGCGUACUAGCUUGACGCCGGGAGGAGAGGGAGGGGCGAUGAAAUUAGAAGCAGCGCUUGUUCUGCAAGUCUUCGUCUGCAGUGAUGCACAUAGCUACAUGAAGAGUGCGGCUGGGCGAUGCCUGCAGCUCGGCCCUUGCCUUGUGUUAAUAAGACGCGGGCCGGACGGGGCCAGCGCGAGUCGUUGCAUGCAUGCUGGCGGCGGGUUCAUGAUGAAGCAAGCAGGCAGUUUAUCCGCCGUCAAGAACCCAUGGUUGCGUGGAGAAUCCGAAUCCGCAGUUGACAACCUGAAGUCUGGGGUGCGGGCAGCUGUGGGUGGAUGGGGAUGGAUGCUCGCACAUCAUCUUCAAAGUUGCAUUAACACAUCUAGCGUGUGCGCCGCAGAGACCCUGAAGGUUGCUGGCAUUGGUGUCCCCUUCAGUUUGGUCUUAUUCUCAGCCUAG